UUUAGUGUUCAUCACAAAAAGCCUUAGACCCGUUCAGAGAGGGUGAGUCAUUGAAGACUCUUAAAUUUGCCUCUCUCUGAAUUAGGACACAUACACAAAUUGAUUGUAAGUUUGAUGAUUAGUAUUCCGUGCAGUGCUACAUUCAUACAAUGUUGAUCGACAAGAACUGGAUUAAUUUGACAGAUCAAUUAUCCGAUGAGUAUGAGGCUGGUGUGAUGGAUUUUCUCCAGAGAGCUCGGCAGUGCGUUGACUGAAGGGGAUUGGUGAAAUGUCUGUGUAGGAGGUGUGUCAACGUUGAAUUUCAGACGAUUGAUGUAUUAUAAAAUCAUCUCUUUGUAGGAGGAAGAAACUGAAAGAGCUUAGCUAUGGAGGUUCUCAGUCAAUCCCAGCGAUGCGCUAUAAAAAAGUUAGUUAAUUAAUUAUUUUUUAGUUUGUUUUUCUUACUUACGUUUAAUUAUUACUUUUAUAAAAAUAUAUGUACGUGACAGCGCAAUUUAGAGACUGGGCAACUUAAGCCCAUCCCGGAUAGCUGGAUGGAUACUCACCAUAAAUCAGGCACAGGGUGGGUGACAGAGACAGCCAAAAAUACUUGGGAGGAAUUGCAUGCAUAUCGCGACACACAACAGACACAGACAACUAAUACUGAGAGUUCCACACCAGUUUCGAGUGCGCCUGAAGAUGAAGACAUAUCUUUGGUACAAACUGUUUUUGGAAAACGACGGGGCCACCAGAAAGGAUAUGGACAUAUCCUUAACAUAAGGGACCGAACUCCAUUUGUUUUUCAUCCUUCACAAACUAGAGAUGAAGAGAUGUCUGAGAUGAGAGAGCGUGUUCGACAAUUAGAGGAGCAUGUCCGGACUCAUUGUAUCACCCCGGGAUCUCAAUGUGCCCCACCACCACCCGAUGAUCCCGAUGUUGGAGCACCGACUCAGUAUGACUUAUGUAUGAAUUUUAUUACUAUGGACUAUUACAUUAUCAUGUUUAGGACAACUCUUUAUUUUGAUUCAGCAAACAUACUCUUAUGUUUUUAUUUAUAUGUUUAAUAUAAGUGUUUUAAUUUUAUUCUAUUGCUUUAUAUUUAAUUCAAAUUAAAUAAAUAAGUGAAUAAACAUUACAAAUAUAAAAAAAAAUUAUGGUUUAGUCUAUACUGAUGACAUUGUCCUCGAAACAACCUAUACCGAGAACAUGUUGAUUGUCGUCGGUAGAAGUUUACCUCUACCGACGCGGCUGUACCGAGGACUUACUGCCGACGACAUGUUCUCGGUAUAAGCUCUACCGAGAACAUAUAGGCUUAUACCGAUGGCAUUUGU